GACGAGAAGCGGCUAUGAGCUGGAAGGGGACUGACGACAUCUGUGUUGACUGUGACGCGCUUGAAGGCAUUGCGGCACUCCAGGCUAAGGGCUUGGUGCCCCAGGUCGGCGAGGAUGGGGUCCUACUCUACAUCAGGUUGGUCAGACAUGACCGGCAAGGACAACUGGACAACCAGGGUGAGCAGGGGGUGCUUGAGGGUUCUGGCAUGAGUGUGAGGGAGUACCUUAAGACGGAAGUGAAUGACAUGGUUUCGAGGAUUCCAUUCGCGGCUGGCACUGCAGCACGCCAGGCUGCGGACUGGCAAGGACAACCGGACAACCAGAGCGAGCAGGGGGUGCCUGAGGGUUAUGGCAUGAUUGUGAGGGAGUACCUUAACACGGAUGUGAAGGACAUGGUUUUGAGGAUUCCAUCCAUGGUUGGCGUUGCAGCACUUCAGGCUGAAGACUCAGUGGCCCAGGUGGACGAGGAUAGGGUCCUGGUCUUUGUGGGGCUAGUCGGACAUAACUGGCAAGGACGACUGGGCAAUGAGGGUGAGAAGGGGGUGAUUGAGGGUUCUGGCACGAGUGUGAGCGAGUUCCUUGAGACGAAUGUGAAUGGCAUGGUUGUGAGGGUUCCAUCCGCGGCUGUGGUCACCCCACCAGUUCCAGGACACAAUGUGGCUGUUGAGGGCGAAAAUCGAGAAGACAUGGCGAAGGGCCGUGGCAGUGGGAUGGAAGAGCUGCAGGACACGGUCAGCCUAAUGCAACGCAAGCGAGGCCGGCCGCUGAAGGUGCCAUGGCGGGGUGAUCGCCGGGCAAGUGACCGCACUGCAGAGGACCGGAGGGCGCGACCGUCGUCUGGCCCGCCGGCAAGUGCUAGCACGGCAAGCACUGCGGCGCGAAGCCCGCGGCCAGGGCAGGCCAUGGGCGACAACGUCCUAUGGUGGAGUGAACUUGUAGGGUUGAAUGACCCUAUGGAGAACUGCCAGACCGUGCUCAGCAACGAGACGGUGGACACCAUCAUCUCCAACAUCAGGCCGAUGAGUGUCGAGCACCGCAAGUACAUGCUCUCGGAGCUGAUCCCGUUCUUGGGGGCGUUCAUGGCUGAGUUGUUGAGGGCCAUCAACGAGGCUGUGGCUGGUAACCCGGAUGAGGUCGUGGAAGUUCCCGUUGAGGAUGACGACCAGGCAGUGCUGGUGCAGAUGGGGAUGGCGGUGAGGAACACGGACCGUCAGGGGGAUGACUUCUCGGUCAUGCAGAUUGACCACGAAGCGCGGUGCCUUUUUGGCGCCAAACUUUCCAUGCUGCAAGCACACCUGAACGGGAUGGACGACAGCCGCAGCGCCCAAGCAGCAUCGCACCUGAAGAUCAUGACGGAGAGACU